GUACUCACCCAACUGCUGAACAUGUCUACCACCGCCGCAAACGAUGAAGACCAAUGGCAAAUUGAAUCCAUCGAAGAGUCCCAGCAACAAAUAAGUCAAGAAGCGGAAGCCAUUCAAGACGAAAGCAACGCUUCUGUCCGUCGGAGCUCUCGCCUGGCGAGUAAAUCAUAUAGUCCUCCAAGUAUCAUUGACUGGCCACUGCCGAAGUUACUGGAAACCUUGUAUAGACACGAUAUCCCUGCACCGACUGGAGCUACGCAUAAGGAACUGUUUGCUUUACUCUGUGAGAAAAUUGACGUCCCAGCAGCAGAUUUUCCUCCUCCUCCUCCUUUUUCCGGCAGGAAACAGGCGCAGAAGAGAAAGAAUUUCGACCCGGCUUCCACUCCGACUGAUGUUGCACCCAAGCGGGCAGGUGGUUCAGCCGUCUCAAACAGAGCAGUCAACUCUUCUUCAGUCCAAAGCAAAGACCCAGUGUUGUCAGCAUUGUCAAGCAUUCAGUUUUCGCUCUCCAACAUGAACUCCAGAAUUCAGGCUCUGGAGUCCGGUUCAACAUCGAGGUCCUCGGCAAAUCUUCUCUUCUCCGGCCCGCUUGCUGAGAACUCCUCAUCGGCCACGGCGCCGGCGCGGCUGCCCGUGCUUACUCAGCAGCAGAAUGAUGACGUCAUCAAUUCGGGGACUAUACCACGAAGAACGAUGGGAAGUGCAGUUCCAGUGUCUACAGGCUCUCCAUUCUUUCCGCCGGCUGCUGCGAUUUCUCAUCAGUUGAGAAGCCAAAUCGUUGCAGAAAUUCCACCGCCUGUGUCCAGGUUCAGCAUCAGCCAGCUUGGUCUGCCCUCCUUUCAGCCAAACAGUAAUAGAUUAGACAUGACCCUUCAAUCUUAUUUACAUUCAGCAGCCAAGUACAUGCGCAGUGGUUUUUAG